AUGAUAACGAAUACAACUCGAUUAGUACUUGAUAAUUCUUACCAUUUAUUGAUUCCAACAUCAGACAAUUGUAUCAAGUUAAAAAAUCAGCCAAACAAUACAUUUCUAUUAUAUUUCGGUUUGCCGAAUUCUCCUAUAACAACAAUCGAUAAUGUCGCCGAUACAGUAAUAUCCACAGCAGAAUCAGAAUUUGAAUCAGAUUCAAAUAAAAUGACUUUAUCUGAUAUAAAUAACAAUAUAUCAAAUGAUAUAGUUUAUGAAACAUUUUUUUCUCGACUGUUACAUAAAUUUUCAAUUUUAGAUGCAUUACCUUUUGAAGAAUUUCAAUCAGAACUUUUUCUUCAAAUUUGUGAAGACUAUUUUUCGCUUGUUGGUAAAUUUAAUAGUCCUAUAUUUACUCCAUUGAAAACAGACGUCAAUGGUAAUAUAAAUAAAUUGAGACGGAAAAUGAGUGAAAAUUUGAUUAAUUUUCAAACACUAUAUGCAAUGGUUCAUGAUGAAAUUGAAUCGCAGACAACCAAUACCAGAAAUUCAGCAACAGAUGCUUUACUUUGGUUAAAACGAACUUUUGAAUUUCUAUCAAAUUUUCUAUAUGAAUUUGGUAUGGGCGAUAAAACUUUAGCAGAUGCUGUUAGCAGAGGUUAUGAACAAUCACUAAGAAAAUAUCACGGAAUAUUCGCCAGAAGUGUUUUUUCGUUUGCACUUCGUGCAGUACCUAGCAAUGAAGAAUUUAUUCGUUCACUUGCCAUUGAUCAAAAUGAUGCUUCUAAAAAUCUCUUCGAGCAACAACUCCGCAAAGAAAUACUCGCUCAUGCGUCAAGUAUGUCGUCUGUAUUACAAAAAAUUACAAUGUUCUAUUUCAAGCAUGGACUUGAAUCGACAGUAAUCGUAACUUAG